AUGGCUAACGCGGAAGCUGUAUCGCUCAUUAUCAGAAUUGCCCAGGGUCUACCGACAGCCAUCUUGGGGGCAGCGUUGGCGUAUAUUGCCAUUCGAUGCAUCUACCUCUUGUACUUUCAUCCCUUAGUUCAGUUCCCCGGACCCAAGAUUGCGGCUGUCUCCAACACCUGGUAUGCUUACCAAUGGCUGUCUGGAAGGUAUCCUUGGGCAACCGAAGAUGUCUUGCGGAAAUAUGGUGAUGUGGUUCGUAUUGCGCCAAACGAACUAUUGUUCCUGACACCACAGGCAUUUAUCGAUAUACACACCUCGCACGUCGGAUCUCUGGAAACCUUCGUGAAAACAGACUUGAAUGAUCGUGGUGAUGCGCAUGGCGGUAUUGCCUUUGAGCGAGACCCUGUGCGCCACCGAAAGGUCGCCAAGCAGAUCUCUCCGGCUUUCAGUUCUCGCUCAAUCACCGCUUUGGAACCCACAAUGCACGAACACAUUGACCUUUUCAUCAAGCAGAUGAAGACUAUGGAGGAUUCUGGAAAGACCGAACGGAUUGAUCUCGCCAAGUGGUGCAACUGGUUGGCGGUGGACAUCUCAGCAGACAUGACAUACAAUCGCAAAAUGAACCAGUUCAGGGACAUGAGAAACUCGAACUACUUGAAUGUGGCGAUGGGGUUCAAUCGGUUCACGACCGUUGAACAAGUUUCGUUGCGAUUUCCAUUCCUCAAGCCGUUCAAGAACCUCUUUCUGCCAUUCUCAACCAUGACGUCAAUGCCUGAGAUGGUCCGUAAAUCGAGAGCCGAGGUCCACAGGCGUCUUUCACAACAGGGGAACACUCAGCAUCUGGAUUUCUUCGAACACCUUUUACCCGACGUUAUUCCAGAAGACCGGCAAGAAAUGCGGCACCUGGAGCAGUUAGCCGGACAACUACAGUUUGGGGGGUUUGAGCCUGUCUCGUCUUGGAUUUACGGGACUCUCAUGUACCUCCUUGCGGAGCCGGGAGUCUGCAAGACCUUGACUAAGGAGAUUCGGACCAGCUUUGAGAACUACGGCGAUAUCAGCCCAAGCGUACUGAAGCCAUUGCAAUAUCUGAAUGCCUGCCUGGAGGAAUCUCUGCGUAUUUUUCUUAGCAACAACGUGGGGAUGCCGCGAAUCAGUCCAGGGGCAAUGGUCGACGGAACAUUCGUCCCUAAAGGGGUCUACUGCCAGACGAGCAUGUUUGCAACGGCGCGAAGCCAGCGCUAA